AUGGCCAUGCUCAAGCUGCUGCUGGCCUGGUGCGCCGUGCGACUUAGCUCCGCGGCGCUCACCUGUGGCGCCCCGGCCCCCGAUGACGGUGGGUCGCCCUUCCAAAACCAAGCCAACAUGGAGCAACAAGGCUGGGACCUUUGCAACAUCGGCCCUCCCCCGGACGACAGAAAGUUCGCGGACGAUGGUGCAGGUGGCUUUUCAGGCAGACGAAGUGGCAGCGAGCCGGGCAGCGUCUCCCUGACCUUGCGGGGCAACGGCCUUUUCACACUGGUUUGGGGAAACGACGGGCCUGGUGACGCCGAGCCUGUCACACUGGAGCUCCGCCAGGGUGAUGGCAGCCUCGUCUUCGUCCAGACUCUCACCGGGAACGGAGCGAGGGAGACGAGCGCGAACGAAGCUUUCGAGGACGGGUACGUGAUCAAACUCAGCGAGGUUUCCGCGACCAUCUUCAUCGAGUCGAUCUCCUUCUCCAGCUGUGAUGAGCCGAUCGUUUGCCCAGCGGAUCAGACGGAGGACCCCCAGCCAGGAGGCGUCUCAAGCACCUGGUCCGUGACGAGCUGGCCCAGCUUACCAGGUGCUAUAUGCUCGCCAGGGGGUGCUGGCACGCCGGGAAGCCCUGCGGGAGGCACCGUAUUGUCCGACUUCACUGCCUCCUUCGAUGCUGCCAGCACCACUACAGUAGAGUGCUUCGCAGGGGUGGAUGCGGCCUGCAACUUCACAGUGACGGUUGGCGAGCCUUCUUUGACCUGCCCGAGUGACAUCACGGUGGAGGCCGAAUCCGAUGCAGGAGCGGCAGUAACCUUCCCCGACCCAAGCGCCACAAACGGCUUCGGAUUCAACUGCUCCUCCAAGAGUGGCGACACCUUCCCCGUUGGAAGCUCGGCUGUGCUUUGCUACCUCACCGACCUGUCUGAAAUAUCCUGUACCUUCACCGUGACGGUCACCAUUCCCGCAGACGCCAAGACCUUGUGCGACAAGCUGACUUACCUCGAUGCCACCCUCCUGGGCAAGAGUGCGAAGGAAGUCUGGAAGCUGUGCAAGAAGAAGGAGCUCAUCAAGGACUUCGGACUAAACGAUCUCAGUGGCCCCACCGUUCCCGACAAAUCUCCGGCCGCCAGCGUGAGAUCCGCCCUGGUGGCAGCCGCAUGUGCUCUCGUUGCCUUGCUUGUUUGUGCCUUGGCGCGGAGCAUAGUGAAGGGAAGGCUAGGAAACGGCCGUGUUCAGCCUUCGCCGCUUGCGGUUGACCGUGUCGGCUCAGAGGAUGAGGAGCUGAUUGGGACUUAG